AAUUAAAGCAACUUACUGAACACUACUGUGCCCAAUAUCCUCUUUAUAUAUAGCUUGUAAAUUUUGAUAUGGACGACCCUUAUUCACUUUAUAUAGUAGGCAAGUGAGGCAACUGGCCAUACUUCCUUAAAUCUUUGUCAUUCUCACUCCUCUUGAAUAUAUUCUUCUGAUAUUCUCUCUUGUGCACAAAAAGAGAGACUAUAGCUAACUAGUUCUUAUAUAAACUCUCAGCUUGAGCAAUUAAUUAUAAUCUAUACACAUACCACACACACCAAUUAGAUAAACCAUGUCGAUUAUUAUCUCUUGUUUUUUCAUCUUUCUUUUGUGUCUCUCCAACCAAAGUUCUUGUAAGGCUCGCCAUGUUAUUGAGGCUCACCAGAAGGGUACGGUGGAAAAGCUUGAUGAAAUGGAGAUGACUAAUAAAGGGCCAUCAGGCGGAUCAGUUGGGCUGACCAAUAAUAAGGGAGAGAAUUACUAUAUUAUGGGUUCUGAUGAUAAUGAAGAGGCUGCUGGUGCAACCACCACUACCACCCCUACUACUACUACCGAUCAAGGAAAGAUGAUGAUGAGUAGUAUGAAUUGGAUAAAGGAGAAGCUUCAAAAGCAUAUUAUAAGAGGAAAAAUUUCAGGAAAAAAGAUAUUUGAGUCUUUAUGCAUAUGUGACGUGGGUUUGUUAAAGGCAACACAAAUAAAGGAACCGAGAAGGAGACUUAUUAAGAGAAGGCUAUCUCUUAAAGAAGAAGUAGAUAAUUUCAACACCACUAGUAAAGUAGAAGACCAUCAUCAUCAUGUUGUAGUCAAAGAUUAUGAGCCACCCCAUGGAACACCCCCUAUUCAUAAUAAACAGACUAACAUACAAAACUAGUUUUUCUAUUUUAAGGCUUAAUUUACAGUACUAGAAAAAUAAAUAAAGAGAUAUUAUAGCGUCUCAUGCUAUAUAUAUAUAUGUAUACAUCGUUUUAGAUCCAAGUUCAUUUUCAGCUAUAUAUGCUGAUCAUAUAUAACUUGGGAAAAUGAUUGUCUUUUUAUGUUUUAUUGCUUAUAUAUAUGUUAGCUUUGUUUAUACUAAUAAGAACAUCAAUCUUA